AGAAAAAUGAAAUGGAUAAUGUGGUUUUAAUCAGAGGUUCCAAAGUUCUUUCAUUGCAUCUCUCUCAUUGUCCACUAAUUUUUUGCUCUCCACACUCUUCUUCCUAACCCAAAUUUGUGCAAAUUUCAAAGAAUGAUCCAUCUAAAAUCUAUUCAUUCCUCUUUGACACCUAACCAACAAGCUUCUUUUAAUAAAACAAGCCAUUUUAAGAGGAAAAAGACCUUCAUUUCAUUAUGCAAGUCAAGAAAUUCAGAUUCAGAUAAUCCUACACCUAAAGGAGACACCCGUCAGCAAGAAUUGCUUGCCACAAUUGUUCUGCUCCAAACACAGAAAGUUCGUUUAACCGAAUACUUAGAUGAAAGAUCUGCAUAUCUAACACAGUUUGCUGAAGAAGCCAAUACUGAAAUGGACCAGAUUGGUGAAAAUGCCCUCAAAGAACUAGAUGAAGCUGGUGCACGGAUAAUGGGAACUAUAGAGAACCAAAUGCAAGCUUUUGAAGAAUCAGUAGGAUUGAACAAACAGGAGAUAGAAGAGAAUGAAAAGAAGUUGGAAGAAUUUGAAGGCCAAAUGGAAGAGGGAAGAAAUGAAUGGCUUUUCUUUAAGAGCUUAAGGCAAAGACGACCCGUGGACAAAGCAAAAGCUAAGGAGGAGAUGGAGAAGAUUAAGCAACUUAGUAGAGAAAAUGCUGGAUCAAAGACUAGAAGGAACGUUUACCUUGCAUUUAUAGGCCUUGUAGUAAUUGGGAUUGCAGAUGUUUUCAUUUCUUCACCUUCUGAUUGGAGAAAAGGUGCAGUUCUUGGGAUUAUUUUGGUGUGUUUGCUUUCUCAAGUCAUCUAUGAGCAGAGUGUUUUAUCAGGAACAGGACUGGAGGGAAAACAGAAAUCCAAAGAAGACAAAAAGUGAAAUCCUCUCUUUUACAGAAAAGCACUAGUAAUGUAGAAUGAGUUAUAACCCCAUAAUAAAAUCUCAUUACUUGAGGCUGAUAUAUCAUGCCAAUUUUAUCUUGCAUCAUGCCUGUUUGGUGACAAUACUACAGCCACCAAAGUUGGAUAUGUAUCGGAUGCUUUAUGUCGAUCAAAGGAAUGAUACCUGCUACAGAAGUUGUAGGACUCCAGAUUUGGAUCUACUACAUUUCUUUAGUUGUCAGUGUUAACAUGAAAAAAAUAGUAGAUGUGAUCUGGAGAAGCACACCAUCCCUCAAGAACCCCCAAGUCUAAGAGGAAAAAGGCUAUGGAAAGAUUCUUAUUCAGAACACUCAAGAGUGUAUCAACCAAAGGAAAAUUUCAGAACAGAGUACAUAUGUCUUUAAGGAAACAAAAAUAAUCAGCUCCCUAGCAUUUUUUGGCACGUCAAACAUGCCAUUCCAUCAGACCGAUGAUCAGGUCGUCUAGAUGACAGAUACUUUCUGGCAGGGGCAAAUGUAGGGCAAUAGUUAUGGGUUCACGCGAACCCAGUAACUUCUCCGUACACCAUGUAUUUGUGUUAAAAAGUACAUUAAAUAUAUAAGAAUACAUAGCUCAGAAACCCAGUCCGUUGGUCC